AUCUGGUAUUUCCAGCAACGAAUAAUUCGUUUCUUAUAAAAUGGUGGGGAUAAAAACGGCGCGCUAGUUUUAGUCUUCAGUUUGAAUACGAAACAAAAGCAGUUUGGUAACUAAUAAUCGGUACUGGUGCAAUUAUUUUCUCAUGAUUUGUAUUUAAUUUGUAAACCGACCUUGUAUAUACAGAGCUUUACUAAAAUGCACUUGACGCUCAUAUUAACUUCUUUUGUGUUGUUCGUUCAAUGUCAGAACGAUAUUGUGGACGAUGAAACACGCAGAAAAAUAAAUGAAAUAUUUAAUUCCUCUUCUGGAACGAAUCCAACCAAUCUUGGUACUGGUACCGGAGAGUUUGUACCCGUUGGAUUAGAAGAGGUUCCCCAAGUCGGUUUGGGUGACUAUGGUUCAGCGGAAAAAUGUGGGGAAGGAUCUACCAAGGGGUUGCGAAUGUGCGUCUCUUACCACAUGUGCGAUGGAAGGACUAAUACCAUUGUGCAGGAAGGAGUAACUGACGGAUUCGGCAUUAUUGACAUAAGAUUUGGAACCAAUGCUUGUCCUCAUCCGCUAGACGUAUGUUGCAAGUUACCCGAUGGAGGACUAAAUCCGAACUUGCCUCUACCUAGUACAGGUACUUCUCCAACACCAACACCAACGCCAAUACCAUUACCACCGGUUACUGGUACCUCAUCUUCCGGUCCUGUUACUUUCCCUACCUCUGAAACACCUCCCGCAGUAAAUACUCCAGAAAUUCCGGUGUCAACCAAACCCAGUUUUUGUGGAAUAAGGAAUCCGAACGGCAUUGAUUUCAAAAUCACCGGAGCCAGAGAUAAUGAAGCUGAAUAUGGAGAAUUCCCUUGGAUGGUUGCAAUUGUGAAUCGAAAUUAUAUGGCGAUGGGACUUGAAUCGCCUUUGAUUUGUGGAGGUUCGUUAAUUACUCCCAAUAUUGUUUUGACUGGAGCUCAUUGUGUUAGCAGGUCAAAGACGUUUGAUUUGACUGUACGAGCGGGAGAAUGGGAUACCCAAACGACAAGAGAAAGAAUUCCCUAUCAAGAAAGAGGCGUUCGCGAAAUAAGAGUACAUCCAAACUUUAAUGGUGGAAAUCUUUUUAACGAUUUCGCUAUUUUAGUUUUACAAGAGUCAAUCGUUAAAGCCGACAAUGUUGGUACAAUUUGUCUGCCAGCGCAAGGACAAAGAAUCAUUUCCAAGAACUGUUUCGUUAGUGGAUGGGGAAAAGACGAAUUUGGUAGAAAAGGGAAAUUCCAGUCCAUUCUAAAAAAAAUCGAACUGCCAAUAGUUGAACGCGAACGAUGUCAACAAGCUUUAAGAACUACCCGAUUAGGACUACGAUUUAUAUUAGAUAGGAGUUUCAUUUGUGCUGGUGGGGAAAUGGGAAAAGAUGCAUGUACCGGAGAUGGAGGUAGCCCGUUAGUCUGCCCCGAUCCUCAGAAUCCCAACAGGUAUAUGCAAGUGGGUAUAGUCGCUUGGGGAAUCGGAUGCGGUGAACAGAAUAUACCAGGAGUAUACGCUGAUGUCUCUCAAUUUAGAACGUGGAUCGAUCAAGAACUAGUAAGACUGAAUAUUGAUAAUGCCCCUUAUAAUUUAUAAACUUAACACAAUUGUGAUUUUUGCUUUAAAAUAAAUAAUCUAUAAAUUAAAAAACAAAAAC